CAUGGUUUUUAGAAGCAUGUGCGUGAAGAUACUGAUUCGUGCAACUUCUACAAGUGACAAUGGAUCAGAUAGUAUUACCUGUGAUCUACUAAAAAGUUCGGUUUGCCUGCAGCGCAUGAAAGAUGAUGAAGGUGGGAUCGGUUGACAAAUGACGUAAUGACCUUGCAGAUAUGCAAAUUAGAAAGGUCGGGGUCACUUGACUAUGCAGAUUUGGGAUGUCGUGACCUGAACGAAACAGAAUCAUAGCGUUGAGUUGACUGGAUGCCUGGCUGUGUAGUCGGUGACUGCAAUUUGAGUGUAAUUCGCCGCUGUUUACAAGAAUCUGUUGCGCUGGAUUUCUCUUCCAAUAUGACAGAAGAAGUAUUCAAAGCUCCACGGAACAAACGGAGGUCAUUACAGUCAAAUUCUGAGAUGAGCACAUCACCUCAUAAAAAGAAAAGAACUAAAGAAGAUUUCAUGGAUUUCUGUGCAAUGGUUUUAACAUACACCCAGUAUGAAUCCCACAGACAAGAUGAAAUGAGAUCAACUGAUAAUGUCAGUCCACUCGAUAGUGGAGGCAGUACAGCAGAGAGCUACGAGGCAGAAUCCACUGAGUCAGCAAAUUCUACUAUGUCUCUUUCCGAAUCUGAGCAUUAUGGUUCAAGAGAUGACUCAGAACCAGAAGACGAUUCUCAUGAACUCAUCACAUGCUUCUGUCUGAAGCCUUAUGCUGGAAGGCCUAUGAUUGAGUGUAACGAGUGUUUAACAUGGAUUCACCUCUCUUGUGCUAAAAUCCGCAAAACGAACAUACCUGAGGACUUCACAUGUCAGAGGUGCAGAGACGCUAAGUUCACAACACGCAAGUCAACUCGCAUGCGAAUUGAGAGCAAGCGGAUAAGCACGUAACACAAGUAUCAUGUGCGACUGAGAGACAUAUUGUGAUAUUCUCAGAGGGAAGUCUUUCGGGUGAUGUUCUUGGCAGAACAUGGGCAUUACACUGCCGCUCAAGUGCUAUGGACAGUCGACACAUUCCAUGUUUGUGAACCCUCAUCGUUCUUGUUCAUUACAUGUUAUCAACGUGUUCAUUUGAAACAUAAAUUCAUCGUCAAGUUCCACUUUCAGGAAAGGAAUCUGAAAACAGACGGAAUUACUUUCCCUUUAUAUCGCAGCCCUUCGUUGCAGAAUGAAUGGUCUGGUUCGCAUGGAUGCAUAAGUCAUAUGAGAAUGUCAGUUUCUUUGAGCAGUUUAAAAUGAUACUUGAAUAUUUGAUUUUCACUUCAGAUUUGAUGCUGCCCAUACUAGUUAUUUUCACAAACACCUGGCUAUUUUAGGUUCUUUUAGAACAGAAUUUUGUUGUUAUUUUAUCAUCCUUUGUUACUUUUGAACUAAUUAAGGAGACACUGGCUCCUUUGAAAUGUAAUACAUACAUGUUAAUCAAGAAUUUGGUAGUUUCAACACAAUUUCACCAUGUGGAGGUCCAUGCGAUGUUCACUGCCAUGCCUUUCAUGUGAUUGGAUUUAGUCUGUCAGUAGUUGUCACUACAAGUUUUGCAAUAUUUGUUGUUUGCUU